GGUUGGACAGCAGGCCGCAAAGCAUGAUGGGUAUUGAGCGCUCAAUUAUGCGAACGCUUCAUUUGACGUUUUGACUGUCGUGAUGUGAAGAGCUCUGCGAGUAUAGGAAAAAUGGAUGCUUUCGAAAGACAGGAUUUUCAAGCUGCGAUAGUGCAAAAUACUAUGAUGUAUAUGUAUUGUUGCGAUCCGCAUUACGACUUAUCUUUUACUGUACCGAGUUUACCGUUUUUUAAGCUGCAUGGGCUUUGCUGCCAUUUCGCCUUUCAUAAUACUCCGUCUGAAAGAAGACUUUGUAUUAUACCAAACACCGAAGCACUGCUUUCGAAGUUGAAUGGCCUUAAAUCUCCUUGUGUCAUCAACGUUAAAGCAAGUACUAUAUUUGAGUUUGGUACUAUCCCUGAUGAAUUUAUUCAUUGUAAAGCGGAGAGAAUGCUUUUAAUUUGGGAUUUUGAUGUGGAUCGUGUAUUGACAGAAAAUACGAGCGCUGUGGAUGCGGUUACUCCUGAUUUUGAUGACAUCGAAAUUAAUAAUGAGGACAGUGAAGAAGAUGAAAGUGAAGAAGUUGAAAGUGAUGAGGAAGAAAUCACUCAUGCUCUACCAUUCAAGUGCAUUGGAGCUGCUCAUGAACAAAGUUACCAACAUCAUCUGGAACAGGCAUAUCUUGCCCUUGAAUAUAAUGAAUCAGUAAAUGUUAGACUAAGACCAGAGCCGGAGAAUCCUCGGGACCAAAAUGCAAUUGCUAUUGAUCUUCAUUAUGGAACUCAAUGGGAAAAUGUUGGAUAUAUAGCUUCUGAACAUUGCAAGUAUUUACAUCCACUGAUUGCAGCAGGAGAUAUACUAGACGUCUAUGUUGAACACAUCAAGUUUCGGGUUAACUUUUUAAAAAUAGGAUUUUAUCCAAAAAUCUGGAUAAAGAGGCGUGGUAAAUGGGAAGGUCAGAUUGUAAGGGCUAGUAUGAGUGUACGUUGACAUAUAAUUUCAUAAGAACCAGGGUUUGCAAGUUGUGAAUUUCUGCAAUUAUUUCCAUUGGCUAACCUAUGUAGAUUUUUCCAGCAUUUUUGCCAUCAACUUGUUUUUAGUCUGGUUUCCAUA